AUGGUAGAUGCUGUCAAUCGGCAGGAGAAAAAGGGGUUGGAGGGGGGAUCGGAGGGGAGCGAGAGGGAAGGGAAGAGGCAGAGAAAAGGGCUGGAUAGAUGGUGGCGUUGUGAGAAGGGGGAGAGCAGAGGUGGCGAAAGAGAGGAUGGUUGUGGUGGUGGUGCGGAUGCUGGUGCAGGAGAUGCAGGGGCUAGAGAGGGUGGGUUUGGUGGAGCAGCGAGACGAGAUGUCGCAGAGGAGGCAUGCAGAGGGCAAGCAUGUGUGGGGGAAGCAGGCAUGGGGCGAAGAGAUGAAGCAGGCAUGGGGCGAAGAGAUGAAGCAGGCAUGGAAGUAGCGUCACGCUCAGCGCGCCUGGCAUGGGAUGUGUUCUCACGAGGAGGGCGACAGCGCAAGGUCAUCUAUCUCAUCAGGCACGCACACACGUCCUUCUCUGCUCCGCCCCCGCACACCCCCCUUCCAUCCGCGCCCAUACCCCUCGCGUCCCACCUCCCCCUCUCCCGCUCCGCCUCUGCUUGCCCUUCUGCUUCUCCUCCCCCUGCGCCACCCCACACCUCUCCCCCGCUGCUGCCCUGUCAAGCGUACCGCCAUCACCUGCGCCGCGGCCAUGACGUGCCGCUCUCCCCUCUCGGCAGACAGCAGCUUUCUUUGUUCCCUUCCCAACCUUCCAUCAUCGGUCCUUUAACCAUUCUGCCAUGCCCUCCCUCUUUCUUAUUCCUUCAUCCUCAUUGCUUCCUUCCUGUCCUCCUGUCGUCCCACCCCCCUGUCCGCCUGUCUCCUUCCCCAUGCCCUGCACAUGCCCCAUCAGCUGCUAGUGUCGCCGCUCUCCCGUGCGCUGGAGACUCUCUGCUAUGCCUUGCACCUCAACACUCCCACCGCCACCACGUGCCACUGCUGCAACGCCCCCUGCACCACCACCAGCAUUCUCGGCCCGCCAUGCUGCACCGCACCACACUCCUCCAACGCACCUCAUCAUCCCUUCAACUCAUCUGCAAAACCUUUGAACUCGAUCCACCAGUGUCCUCACACGCCCCACGGGCAACCACACGCCUGCUCCAGUGCGUGCCACCCUGCGACUACCACCACCCUUGCUCCUCCCCCUGCCCUGCUGUCCUCCCCCCAGCCCUGCCAUGCGCUGCCGCGCUCGCCCCUGCCAUGCCGUGUGCGGGUGUGUGCGCUGCACUCAGAGCACGUGGCCGGCCCUGGGGACAUGGGGCGUGA